GGGAUGAUGUCUGAAGACUGUUGUCUUCCCACGAGAUAUAUAUAUAAGGAUGGAGUAUCUCCAGCUCCGACAGUCUCAGAGUCGACGUCUUGUGUUGUCCUGACAGGAAUCACCUGAACCAUGACUCCCUUCCUUCUGCUGUUCGUUGCCUUGGCAACAGCCUCUCCUAUGAAGAGGCAGACAACCGGCCUGGACGCCAACGGCGACGGUCUGGUUUCCAAGGAUGAAGUUCUCAACACCAUGUCUCUGCACGAGGCUCUUGUGGCCCUGGAUAGAGAUGGCGAUGGGUUCAUCUAUCUGGCGCAGAUCAUCGAGCUGUGGGGAACCGGAGACAAGUUCUACGAACUGAACACCGACGGAGACGACCACCUCACCUUCAGGGAGAUCGAAAACGGGAUGACUCUCAGUGACUUCUACGACCAGUUCGACUUCAACGGUGACGGGACUCUGGACGCAGCAGAAGCUUACCAGCUGAAUUACAUCUACGACGUUCUCAACAACGACAACGUUGUCAUCGACGAUCCUCUGGACUCUAACGGAGACGGGAGACUCUCCAGGCUGGAGGUUGUCAGCCACAUGACGUACGACGAGGUUCUGGCCGCUCUGGAUGCCAACGGCGACCGACAGCUGAGUUCUACUGAGAUGAACGUGUUGAUGGGCUCCCAGACCGCUCAGUGGAUGAACGAUCAGGACAACAACAACGACGGGUCCGUCAGCUUCCAGGAGGCCCACACCCACUUCAUGACUCUGUGGAGGCUCUUUGACAGGCUCGACUUGGACAACAGCCGCUACCUAGAGGAUGGAGAAGGGGCCGGGUUCUAUGAGGUUUACCGCAUCCAUGUGAUGAACACCGGAGGACGUUAAGCUGGGCCCUGUGGUGCCCCUACCGCAGAUUCACCAAUAGCGGCAGCAGGGUAAAAAUGAAGACUGGGAAUAAAAUCUUACAGUCAGUACAGUGGAAAUAAACUGUCCUAU